CGGAGGAGCUUCAGUUCCUUGCAGAGAGACACAGAGGCACAGGGAGGCACGGAGAGAGAGGCUUUCUGUCACGGAGAAGUGUUUCACUCACUCACUGCUCUCUUGCUUGAGCUCAGAGGAAUGUUAGCGGCGUGAAGCGGAUUCGACGUGCUGAAGGAAUUCGAUGUGUUUUUGGAGAAGAGCCUCAGCAGCAGGUCGCUAACUGCUUCCACAGGAGCUGAAACUCGGCACUCCGGAGACAUUUUCUCACUAAUCCGCCUGCUGACGGUCUGAAAUGAACCCUGGCUGUGCAGCUCGAGCUGAAAUGGUGCCUGAGAUUAAAGCAGCAGUGAGCUUUCUGGUCAGAAUGAUCCGGAACAGCGGCUUCCUCCCGGACACACAGCUGCAGGUCUUCAGAGACUGUCUCCAGCAAGCGCUCUCAGAUCGCUACAGACACCACUGGUUCCCGGACAGGCCUCAGAAAGGUUCCGGUUACCGCUGCAUCCGGAUCAACCAUGAGAUGGACCCUCUGAUCGGCGGGGCGGCGAGUCGGGUGGGCCUGAGCGCGGAGCGGCUCUUCUCCCUGCUCCCGCGAGAGCUCACGCUGUGGAUCGACCCCUACGAGGUGUCCUACAGGAUCGGCGAGGACGGCUCCAUCUGCGUCCUAUACGAGGCCGAGCCUCCCGCGUCCGGUCCCGCUUCGUCCUCGCUGUCGCCGUUCGACCCUCUGAGCUGCAAGAACGGCUUCAUGAUGAGCGGCAGGACGAGUCCUCCUAAACACUACCUCAUGACCGUGUCGAGCUGAGCGGACGCCAGGACACGCCGCUGUGCGCAGGACGGGUUAACUUUCCUGAGACUUUCCAUUUCUUGACAUGUUUUUUUUUUUAUUUUUUCUUCUGUUUACUCUUUAAACCCUUUAUUUUUAUAGUCUAAAGCACUGCCUCGUGUCCCUGCGACUGGACGCUUCCUCCACUUGCACUGUAGGCGUGUGCCGAUACUCGCUCCGUAUCCUGCGAUACUGGUGUAUCGCGAUUUUUAUGAUAUCACCAUAUUGUGUGAAGAAAACAUCCUGUAGCUGCAAAGGAGCCUCUGUUGUGUCUCGUUCAUUUCGACUCGAUCUGCCACAAAGUGCUGCCUACGUAGGGAACCUCCUCCCGUGUGGAAUGUAAAGAUGCCGACGGUAUUCCCGUUAUCACGCGCCGAGUGUUUGCGAUGUGACUCGUUAUAUCAGCGAGUUGCGUUAUAUCACGUAUGCGACAGUUCAGGAUUCAACCUCAAUGGGAAAUGCCCGAAUAUGCUGCCUGCCUAGGGCGCCUCCUCAGGGAGGGUGAAAACGAUGACUCGUGUCAUGUGAGUGAUGAUCGGCACAUGCCUCUCGCACUGAUACGCGACCCGUGUGUUAAAUAUGUGAAACAUGGUGGUGGUAGUCUUGCACGAACAUCAGAGCUCGGGUGCGAGACGGUGCUCAGUAGCGCCAUCUCUUAUUACUGGCAUUAUUUUUAUAAUUAUUGUUAUUAUUAUUAUUAUUGCACAGAACAGCUGAUUAAAGGGUUUCAAAUGAUUUCUGCUGCCUUAAAAACACUGAACGUUUCUGCCAAACUCGAGUCUUAGUGUGCAAUAUGAAGUGUGUUCCAAAAAUAUCUCCUCCUUCUCCUCCUCCUCGCGAAUGUCAUGGAAUGAACCUCAGUGGAAAAGUAACCGUGCCCUUCUCGCACUCGUCUUCUGUAGCAUUCUCUCUCUCUCUCUCUCUGGGCUGUUGAGCAGCUCUGUGUUUACUGGGUUUAGACGGAGAAACUGUAGUUUGUAAGCUAUUUGAAGCACCGUAUGCUUUUAUUGUACUUUUUUUUUAAAAGGAUUUGUGCAUAAUAUAGAGAACUGUACAGUUUUGUGAUUUUUGUAUUGCAAUAAAAGUUUAUAAAUGA